AUGCUUUGGAAUCUUCUCUCUUCCUCUGUCUGGUACGCGUUUGUAUAUAAAUACACAAAUAAAAACAUUUAUAUCAGUCCUUUUUUUUUCCCUGUGUGUGUCUUUUUUUUCCUUUUUAUUACUAUUCGGGAACACACACGCAGCAAAGGAGUGAGCACCAUGCGACGGUCACAAAAAAAAGUUUGGGGCGCUGUGUCUUGCUUUUUUCACGCAACUUCCCAGUGGCUGCGACGUCAUCAGUCUGGCGGGAGCGGUGUUUCUAACAUCGACGACUUUUCCAAGAUUCUUUCGCAGGCCCAAAAAAACUCACCUGGCUGCGGGUGUUCUUCGGAUUUCUUUAAUGGUCGCUUUGCGGGUGGGAGUGCGACGAUCGACCCCUCUAUGUUGCAGGAUAUGCAUCGUACGCUGAAUCAGUCUCUGUCACCGGAAGUGCGGGAUUCAAUGCGUGCCAUGAUGGAAGGUCUGAAGCGCGGCGACGGGCUUCCGCAAAUGGGAGUGAUGGCGUUCGGUGUGGGUGAAAAUGAGAGGGGGAAGAAGGUCGCCAGAGGCGCCAAGUUAGCCUUCGACCCGAACACGGGGAAAGUGUCAAAGGACUUUGUGGAGAAGCAGUUGGAGGAGGAUGACCCAAUGCUGCCCAAGGAGACGGUCGGGGAUUACCACACUGAGGGGGCCAUCGAGGUGGAGUUCGAGGAGGAUGCAAAGCGACACGCAUCCGCCGCCGCGGAAACAAUAUCUGAAGCCGAAGUGGUAUUGGAAGAGACGCCUGCAGCUUCAAUGGGCAACGGCAACAACGCAAAGAAUGAGCGAGUGUAA